AUGGCUUCAGUGACUUCGUUGGACAAGGACUUGCGUAACAUGCGCCUGUCCCGCUAUACCCCGCAGGCGGCCGCGGAGGUACGCGACUGGAUUGAGGAAGUGCUGCAUGAGAAACUGGCAUCGCCAGAUUUGCUCGAAGGCUUGAAAGAUGGAAUCGCUCUUUGCAAGCUGAUAAAUCUCGCCGUGUCGCCGGGCGUGAAGUAUAAACAAUUAUCGGCGCCAUUUGUACAGAUGGAGAAUAUCUCGCAUUUCUUACGCGCAUGCCAAUUGCCGCCACUCAACCUUCCCCCACACGAUGUCUUUCUGACGGUCGAUCUUUACGAAGCAAAGGAUCCCGCGCAAGUUCUGCAGUGUUUGGCAGCGUUCAGUCGACGGGCCAAUGCACUCGCGCCUAACAAGUUCCCUCGUACUGUUGGACCGCAAAGUAAGCGCGGCGGACUCAGUCCGAAUGCGACGGGGUCUUCGAGCACGGGUGUGCACAGCCCGCGAUCAAAUCGCUCCUCUAGCAACGUCGGUGGCGCGAGACCCACCCUCCCCUCGCGAUCCGGCAGCCCGACCAAACCUUCCGGCUCAUACAGUACUUGGGCAAAGAAGGGCGAUGAACAGGAUACCACGCCCGCUUGGAACAUUCACCAGUAUGGCUACAUUGGUGGAGCAAGCCAAGGCAAUCAGGGGAUUGCAUUUGGCGCUCGUCGACAGAUCACUACUCCCGGGCCUGCCGUACCCAGUCUGGCUGAAAAGGAGAAGCGCAGGCGCGAGGAGGAAGAGCGGAUCCGCCAAGAAAAUGCAGAAAAGGAACAGGCAGAGCGUGCUCGCCAGCUGAAGAUAGAGGAAGAGGAGGCCCAGGCUAAGGCGGAAGAAGAGCGCCGAUGGGAAGAAGAGACUGCCCGCGUAAGGGAGCAGGAACGGCUCAGGGUUGAAGCUGAGAAGAAGCGCUGGGACGAGGAAAAACGCCAGUGGGAAGAAGAAGAGCAGCGACGUCUAGCGGAAGAGAAAGAAGCGGAAGAGCGCUUGGAGCAGGAACGGCAAAAAAGACGAAGCAUAGCCGACACUCGUCUCAAUGGCCAGUUCCUGAGCCAGUACCAGGCAUCCCACUCCCAGACAAGCGAUGCCUCUGCGAGAUCGGCCGAAGAAACGCCUGAAAGCCGCCGCAUCAAAGAGCUGGAGCGCGAGCUACAGCUAGCAAAGGAGCGUGAGCAACAAUACGAGAACGAACGCCUGGAAGCACAAGCUCGAAAGACCGGUCACCAGCCCGAGUCCCGCAGCCGGAGUCGCCCUCGCCCCGUGCCCCCCAAACCCAGCUACGAUCUCUCCUCCCUCGAACAAGAACGACGACUCCUCCGCACAGAAUGGCAAAACAUGCAGGAUAUGCCAUCUACAUCCGAGGCCGAGGAACCCACCCCCACCUCCGAACAAGCACCACCACCACCUGCUCGACCCCUCCCCGAACCAAAGCCCGCAUCUCUCUCCAAACAGCCCGCACUCCCACCCCGUGACCUCCCCGCCCCUCCCCGCCCCCUGCCCGACCCAGCAACCUACAGCGCAAACCGCCGCCAAAACCGCGUCGACGACUUCCUCUCCUCCAACCCAGCCCCCACAGCCCCAGCCCCCUCUACCCACCGCUUCCAAGACUACACCUCGACCGCCGAGGUGGACGCAGAGAACAGCCGCCGCGCCGCCUCACAGCAGAAAACCAAAGCCGGCGGCUGGGCGUCCAAGUCUCUGCUGGAACGCGAGAUGGAGCGCGAGCGCGCGCGUCAGCAGGAGUGGGAGGAGAAUCAGAAGCAGACGGCCGCUGCGGCUCGGGACAGUGCUGAGGGCUCUGGGCCUGGUCAGUCGUGGGAUGUGCAUCAGUAUGGUUAUAUGGGUGGUGAUAAUCAGAAUCGUGGUGGUGUUGGUUUGGGUGUUGGUGGUGCUAGGAGGCAGAUUAUUGGACCGAGGCCGCCGCCAUAA